AUGAAGACUAAUACUGUUAACCCCAAAAAUGAAAGUUUAAGAUACAUUUUAUUUUGGACGAAAUUUUUCGAGACUGAAAAUUGGGGAAUGGGGAAAAAAGUUUUAGGAGAAGAGUUCUUAAAAAGUUUGCAAUGUUCAGUUACGAAUUGCAUUUUUUCACAUGAUCGAGGCUUACUUUCAUCGCCUGCUGACUACGAUGCUUUAAUAUUUCAUGUUGGUGAGCCAUUUGACAUCUACGAUUUGCCGGCUACAAGAAGUGAGAAUCAAAUUUAUGCAAUGUUGAAUCAAGAGAGACCCAUUUACACAUGGCAUAAUUUUGAACACGAUAAAGGCUUCUUCAAUAUGACAGUGACAUAUAGGCAAGACUCAGAUGUUUAUUUUGGAUAUUCAAAGAUGGUUGAGAUCAGCUCAAACUUAAUAGUGUCGCCAUCAAAACAACACGUUUGGAGAGAACCGGAAACUGUGAAUGAUCCUCAAAUUCUCAACUUAAUAGCAUCAAAAUCAAAAAUGGCAGCAUGGUUUGUGUCUCGAUGUGGUGCAUUCUCAAAUCGGGAUAAUCUCGUCAAGCAACUGCAACAAUACAUCGAUGUGGAUGUUUACGGAAAGUGUGGAUUACUCAAAUGUCCACGAGAUAAUCAAAAUCAAUGCUUAGAAAUGCUCAAUACAACCUACAAAUUUUAUUUGGCGCUUGAAAACUCAAUUUGUGUUGAUUAUAUUACCGAAAAGACUUUCUUAAAUAUGCAAAAUUUCAUAAUUCCGAUUGUAUAUAAUGGAGUCACAGACAUGCACGACUUCUUACCACCACAUUCGUUCAUUAAUAUAAAUGACUACAAAAGCAUUGAGGAACUCGCAAAUUAUCUUAAAUUUCUAGAUGAAAAUCCACAAGAAUAUGCAAAUUAUUUUUGGUGGAAAAAAUAUUACAAAAUUUAUGGAAGCAGUGGCUACUGUGAUUUGUGCAUGAAACUUAAAGAAUGGGACUUGAUGCAGAAGAAACAACAGCAUUUGGACAUAGCUCAUUGGUGGAAUCAUAAGACAUGCAGAGACACAUCCAAAGAUUUUUUAUAG